AUGGUACGGUCCGACAAGCAGAAGCGAAAAGGUGAAAAUCCAUCGAGAUAUCCAAGGUUGACACCUCAAAAAAGACUAAGUUUCAGUGGUGCAGUUCACAAUCCAACUCCUUCUCCAGCUGCAUCUACUUCAAGAGGAAGAAUACCUGCAGGAAAAACAGUACUAGGAACUUCAAGAAGUGCAGUGAAAUCACCAAGAAAAAGGCAUUAUAGACCAGGAGCAAGAGCUUUAAUGGAGAUAAGGCGCUUCCAAAAAUCGACAGAUCUUUUAAUCAGGAAACUUCCAUUUGCUAGAUUGAUCAAGGAAAUUGCGAUGGAGUACAGUUCCCAUCAGUUAAAAUGGCAGGCUGUCGCUAUUAUGGCAUUACAAGAGGCAGCUGAGGCAUAUCUAGUCCAUGUGUUCGAGGACACUAAUCUCUGUGCUAUACAUGCCAAACGUGUCACUAUACAACCUAAGGACAUGCAACUAGCUAGGAGAUUACACGGGAGCAUGUUA